CUAGCUUGUCAUGCAUAUAAGGCAUGGCUCACACUCCCUUUGUUCAAUGCGUUCUACACCAAUAUCUCAAUCAUCGCCCGUCUCCAAAAUUGCACAGAGCUCCUUCACUAUGCAAGGGGUCGCCUUUCUGUCGGUGCUAUUGUGCGCCACCUGCCACAUCGCCUCAUCCCUCACCGACGGAUUAUUACCAAAUGGGAACUUCGAGUAUGGCCCAAAACCCGCUGACAUGAACGGAACGGUGGUGAAGGGGCGGCAUGCCAUACCAGAGUGGGAAGUUUCAGGGUUCGUGGAGUACAUAAAAUCGGGCCAAAAGCAAGGGGACAUGUUGCUGGUGGUGCCAGAGGGAGCCUUUGCGGUGAGGCUUGGGAACGAGGCGUCGAUCAAGCAAAGCAUGAAAGUGAUCAAGGGAAUGUACUAUUCGCUCACGUUCAGCGCAGCCCGCACCUGCGCUCAAGAGGAGCGGCUAAACGUGUCGGUGGCGCCAGAUUGGGGCGUGCUGCCAAUGCAAACUCUGUAUAGCAGUAAUGGGUGGGACUCGUAUGCGUGGGCAUUCCAAGCCGAAAGCGAUGUUGCGGCCAUCGUGAUUCAUAAUCCGGGAGUGGAGGAGGAUCCUGCAUGUGGCCCUCUUAUUGAUUCGAUUGCAAUUAAAGCCUUAUACCCUCCUAGACUAACCAACAAAAACUUACUGAAGAAUCCGGAUUUCGAAGAAGGACCGUAUGUAUUCCCCAACACGUCCUGGGGAGUCCUCAUCCCACCCAACAUCGAGGAUGACCACUCUCCACUGCCAGGUUGGAUGGUGGAGUCUCUCAAAGCCGUCAAAUACAUAGACUCGGACCAUUUCUCGGUGCCACAAGGCAAACGAGCCGUAGAACUCGUCGCUGGAAAAGAAAGCGCCAUCGCACAAGUAGUCAGGACCAUCCCAGGAAAGACCUACGUUCUCUCUUUUGCUGUGGGCGACGCCAGCAACUCCUGUGAAGGGUCUAUGAUCGUCGAGGCAUUUGCCGGCAAGGACACAGUAAAAGUUCCUUACGAAUCCAAGGGCAAAGGUGGAUACAAGCGUGCUGUGCUCAAGUUUGUGGCUGCUUCUCCACGAACUCGUAUAAUGUUCCUCAGCACAUUUUACACCAUGAGAAGUGAUGACUUUUCUUCACUGUGCGGCCCUGUUCUUGAUGAUGUUAAGUUGUUGAGUGUUCGUAAUCCAAGGCGUAUGUGAGGCCAAUGUUAACACGUAUAUUUGGGAUCUUUGUGGUCAAUACUAUGAGUAAUUUUGUUUGUAAGGAAGCAUUAUGGGUUUUUUUAGAGUAUAAUUCGAAAAAAA